AAGAGGGAGGAGAGAAGGAAAGAAGAGUGGAGACUGUGAGUCGGUCUCAGAAAUUCAGCAACCAGACAACCUAUAAUCUUGCUUCAACUUCUCCGACUUCUCCAUUUCCGAAAAACACCGACACCGCUUCGAUGGCGGUUUUGGAACUCAAAAUACUUCUAAGUUUCUUCAACCUUUCAGGAGAAAUCAAUCGUUGAGAGAACCGCAGGUCUGCUUCGAUCGAGUGAUGCAAAAAAGAACAUAACAACAUCUGAUAGUAUCUUUUCUGGGUUAAGUUCUGGCUGGGAGCAAGAAUGUAUGGCGGAGGAGAUUGUCAGGUUCUGUCAUCGAUAGGAGGAAACGUAGUCUCUUCAGACCCACUCUUCUCGUCGCCGAUCCGAAACUCUAAUCUCAAUUUCAUGUCAAACCUCCCUUUCCAUCCUUUCUCUGCCAUCAUUCCGAAAGAAGAAGUCGAGGUGGUUAGAGGGAAGGAGGAGGAGAUGGAGAGAAGCGGGUCUGGUAGUGGGCAUGUAGAAGGCGUCUCUGGCGAUGAACAAGAGAACAAGCAGCAGCCUAAGAAGAAACGUUAUCACAGACACACUGCUCGGCAGAUUCAAGAAAUGGAAGCUCUAUUCAAGGAAUGUCCGCACCCUGACGACAAGCAAAGGAUGAAACUAAGCCAAGAGCUCGGUCUCAAACCUCGCCAAGUCAAGUUCUGGUUCCAGAACCGGAGGACACAGAUGAAGGCUCAACAGGACCGAGCAGAUAACGUGUUACUUAGAGCAGAAAAUGAGAACUUAAAGAACGAGAACUUCCGCCUGCAAGCAGCCCUGAGAAAUGUUAUCUGCCCAAACUGUGGAGGUCCAGCCAUUCUCGGAGAGAUGUCCUUCGACGAACAGCACCUUCGCCUUGAAAAUGCCAGACUCAAAGAGGAGCUCGAACGUAUCACUUGCGUCGCUUCACGAUACAGUAGCCGGCCAUUACAAGCACUACCACCGGCGGGACCUCAUCUUAUGCUGCCCUCAUUGGACCUUGAUAUGGGCAUCUACUCGAGGCAUUUCCAUGAACCUAUAAACAACUGCACUGACAUAAUUCCAGUACCCCCAAUGCUGGAGAACCAAUUCAUUGCAGCUGGGGGCUGUAUGAUCAUGGAACAGGAGAAGCCUCUAGCUCUGGAACUUGCCAUGACAGCCAUGGAUGAACUAUUAAAGAUGUGUCAUGCGACUGAUCCUCUCUGGGUUCGAAGCAGCAAUGGUAGCAAGGAAGUUCUCAACCUAGAAGAGCAUGCGAGAAUGUUUCCAUGGCCACUGAACGUCAAGCAGCAAAGUAGUGAGUUCAGGACGGAAGCCACUAGAGAUAGCGCUCUCGUUAUAAUGAACAGCAUCACUCUGGUGGAUGCAUUCUUAGAUGCUAACAAAUGGAUGGAACUGUUUCCGUCUAUUGUGUCUAAAGCAAGAACUGUUCAGAUUAUAACUUCUGGGGUUUCUGGCCAUUUAAGCGGUUCCCUUCACCUGAUGUAUGCAGAGUUGCAGGUUCAGUCACCCUUGGUGCCAACGCGAGAAGCUCAUUUUCUUCGUUACUGCCAACAAAAUGUGGAAGAGGGGACUUGGGCAAUUGUUGAUUUCCCUGUUGAUAAUUUCCAUGACAAUCUUCAAACUUGCUUCCCCAGAUACAGAAGACGACCUUCUGGCUGCAUUAUUCAAGAUAUGCCAAAUGGAUACUCAAGGGUGACAUGGAUAGAACAUGCAGAGAUAGAAGAUAAACCAGUACACAAAAUAUUUAACGACUUCGUGAACAGUGGGUUGGCAUUCGGUGCUCAGCGCUGGUUGGCAGUGCUACAGCGGCAAUGUGAGAGAUUUGCAAGCCUCAUGGCUAGAAAUAUAUCUGAUCUCGGAGUGAUACCUUCUCCCGAAGCAAGAAAGAAUAUGAUGAAGCUGGCGCAUAGAAUGAUAAGAACUUUCUGCAUCAAUGUUAGCACUUCUGGAGGCCAUUCAUGGACGGCCCUCUCUGAUUCAGUGGAUGACACUGUUCGGAUAACAACUAGAAAGAACACAGAAGCCGGACAACCGAAUGGAAUGAUUCUUUGUGCCGUCUCCACAACAUGGCUACCAUUUCCCCAUCACCAAGUGUUCGACCUUUUGAGGGAUGAACGCCGCAGAUCUCAGUUGGAUGUUCUCUCCGGUGGAAAUUCAUUACAUGAAGUUGCUCACAUUGCCAAUGGCUCUCAUCCUGGGAAUUGCAUUUCACUUCUUCGUAUAAACGCAUCGAGCAACUCAUCACAGAACGUAGAGCUCAUGCUGCAGGAGAGUUGCACCGAUCCAUCUGGGAGCCUCAUUGUCUAUACUACCAUGGAUGUUGAUGCCGUUCAGCUGGCAAUGAGCGGCGAGGAUCCAUCGUACAUUCCCCUUCUUCCCAUAGGGUUUGUCGUAUUUCCAGUAGGGUCGGCCGGCGUCGGUGGAAGCAUUAGCUGCAACGGGAGCGGUAUACCAUCAGAGGGCGCAAACGGACCAUCUCCAGGCUGCUUACUUACCGUAGGGCUCCAGGUGUUAGCAAGCACAGUGCCAUCCGCGAAGCUCAACCUCUCGAGCGUCACAGCAAUCAAUAACCAUAUAUGCAAUACUGUGCAGCAAAUCAAUGCAGCUCUGAGCAACAGCAGCAGCACUGAUGGUGGCGUUGCGGGCGCCGGUGUCGGAGGCGGAGGCGGAGGCUCCACUGAGCCAGCUGCAGCAUCUAGUUGAUUGUGAAAAUCACCACCGAAGUUACCCGAAGCCUCCCUCCCUCGCCAUCAAAAGAACCCCACCACCCCGUUAACAAGAAAAAAAAAAGGUAUUGCCACUCAAGACGUCGUGUACCCAAGAAGCAAGGAGAUCGGUGAGAGGCAAAUGUGAUCAAAUGACCAUAAUACCCUCCAAUCAAGAAAAGGGGGGCAUUAUUGUCAUUUGCAUGCUGCUGGUCUUGCCAAGAAGAGAAAAGAAUAGGGACCCAAAAGGACAAAAAAAGGACCUUGCUUCAUGGGUAAUGCUACCUCAAUGUUAUUAGGGUCAUCUUCUGUUUUGACUCUCCUCUGGGUUUUCUCUUUAAUGGAAAGAGAUCGAUGGGAGGCUUCUGGUAAUUUGCAGGCGGAAAAGCAGUAGUAAAUGGAAAUUGUGAAGGAAAAUAUGGUAGAAAUUAAAUAAUAUUAAGGGGGAAAAAAAGAAAGGAAUUAGAUUCAAGAUUGUAGUAGGGAAGUGUGUUGUGUAAAGAGAAGUGAAAUGGUUAGAGGAAGUCAAGAGCGCACCAGAUGAGAUCCUCGCUUCCUGGUAAGGCUAAUCCGCGCAUUAAUGUGGAAUUCACUGGCUUCACCAGUAUGCAAGGGUGUUGGUUCGGGAAUUGACUUCUCCUUGUGUGUUGGGUCCCCUCCUUUAAUUUGUUUUUCUUCUUCUUCUCUUUCCGGCCCGACUAAUUGUGUUUAUUCUUAUUAUAGUUGUUGUUCUUCUUGCUUCUUAC